AUGUUGGCGAUCAUUUGCGUUUUGAUCACAGCAGUUGCUUCCAAGGUGUGGGUUUAUAGCCCAGAAGAUCUCCGCAAAGAGUUUCGGACUAAGUAUGGGCAGAAUCCAAUCCCGGCAUCACUUGCGAAUUUUGGAAAUCCACCUUAUGGGUCAGUCAUCACAGGAAGAGUUUUUGUUCCUAUUAAAGAAGACGAAAGAAGAGGAUGUGGGCCGUUAACACCUAUUCAAUGGGAAGGAGAUCCAGAUCAAUAUAAUAGUCCUAUCCUGCUACUAGAGAGAGGUGGCUGUGGAUUUGUUACCAAGAUCAGAAAUGCACAAAACAUUGGAGCUUCAGCUGUUCUUAUCGUAGAUCACACUGCCGAAGACAUCACAAAGAUUGUGAUGAUUGACGAUGGGACUGCUGGAAAUGUCUUUAUUCCUUCAAUUUUAAUCGGAAAAGACGAUGGAGCAUUAAUUAGAAACAAAGUCCUCGAAAAUGCAGGGUUUAUUGAUCGCAUGCAUAAUGUCGCUCUUACAUUUACUUUCGAGAUGCCUCAUCCCGACAACACAGUUGAAUACGAAAUUUGGAUGUCUAGCGAAAAUCAUUAAAUUACAUUAUUAACUAUGGGUUUUACGUCCACUGCGGGGUAGCCGUUUUCAGGGCUGCCACCAUUUUUAAACAUGUCGCGCCCACAAACUGCUGGUCAACUUGUUUUGUUGCACCAAGGCACGCUUGGAAAUGACGUUCUGGCUUGGACAGCUCAUGAGUGAGUGACUUCAUCUUACUUCCUUGACGCCGUGUGACGACUAAAGGCUCAUUCGCUGCCGCAGAAUGGAAGUGGAAAAACCGCAGGCCUUUCAAGUUCCUUAAGGGCUGACCAAUCAGACUAGCCUUAGCUGGAUAGAAUUUUCAUGUAAAACCAAGCAAUGAAUGGAUGUCGCCAUUUUAUGAUUAUGUCUAGCGAAAAUCAUUUAGUUAGGUCCUUCUUGCACGAUUUUACUCCAUUUGCAAAGAAGUUUGAUGAAAACAUGAUAACACUGACCCCGCAUUAUGUUCUUUGGUACUGCUCUACAUGUAAAGUCAAAAAUUGGUUGGAGGGCCACCCAGACUGUGUCAGCGGAGGGAGAUAUUGCGCUCCUGAUCCUGAUUAUGAUGGACCUAGAACUGGCCGAGAAAUUGUUCUUGAGGAUUUACGACAAUUGUGCAUCUAUCAGCUAGCUGAAGAAAAGCAUAAUCAAAAGUUAUGGUGGAAUUAUAUAAAAGCUUUCAAUGAGACCUGCUCAAAUAACAACUUCAAAGAAAGAUGCUCAGAACUUGCCAUGAAAGAAGCGAAAAUAGAUAUAGAUUAUGUAGAAAACUGUAUGGAAAAAAGUUUCGAAGGCUCAAAUCAUAAUCAGGAGCUUGAUGAUAACAAAAUUUUAAGAAAAGAAAAAGAAAGCCUCCUACAAUCAGGCAUCUUUUUCUAUCCAACCAUUUAUAUCAAUAACCAAACCUUCAGAGGCGAUUUAGAAGCUACCGAAUUGAUGACAGCCAUUUGUGCAGGGUUCAAGGAAGAACCAAAAGUAUGCAUAGAUUUCAGACUUAACAGAAAUGAUGACCCAGAACCAACACAGACAGGCAUUGGAGUGUCAACAUUAGUGAUGAUUAUUAUUUUUUCAGCAGUGGUACUUGGAGUUAUAUUAUUCUUUUACAGGAGAUGGAUUAAAAGAGAGCUUAAUUACGAAAUGAAAAUGCAGGUGAACUCAGCAGUGAGCCAAUAUAUUGCCCUUAAUCUCCCCUUGGUCAAAAAGUUGUAGACGAGUUAUUUAAAAAAAUUUAUUUAAAAAAUCAAAAUAUUCCAAUUAACAAAUUGGAAGAGAAAUUUAUAUUAAUAUUAUAAGUUUAUGCUAUAGAAACAAACUAGUUAAAAUAAAUUAUAUUAAAAAUAUUUUGCAUCCAAGAUUUUCCUUAAAAAUAAUAAUAUAUAUCAAUCAAGGAGGAGGAGAAGUUAGCGACCAAAGUAUGUCUAGAGAUUAACUCCCCCCUUUAAAUUUGAGGAAAACAUCUAAAAUUUGCAUUUUUGGUUACUUUAACUCCUCUUUAAAAUUGGAACAAAAUUUGUUUUUCAAUAGGAAAAUUUUAACGAUGAAAAUACUAAUUUUUAAUUAUUUAUUAACAAAAAUAAUUUAAAAUUCAAAGAAUUCAAUUUAUUUUUUUUAAGGUUUUAACAAUUUUAUAGAGAAAAAUUUAAAUAUAAUGUUUUUUAAAAAAAAUAAAUUGGAACAGAAUUUUUUGUUCCAAAAAAAGGGGGGUAGUAA